CUCCUUUCCUCUGCUACCGGCGAGAAUGAAGACCAUUCUCAGCAGUCAGACUGUUGACCUGCCCUCCAACGUGGAGGUGUGGUUGAAGGGCCGAACAGUGAUUGUUAAGGGGCCCCGUGGCAAGCUCACCAGGGAGUUCAACCACAUCAACCUGGAGCUCAGCCUGCUCGGCAAGAAACAGAAGAAGCUUCGUGUGGAAAAAUGGUGGGGAAACAGGAAGGAGCUUGCCACAGUCCGCACCAUCUGCAGCCACGUCCAGAACAUGAUCAAGGGCGUCACUUUGGGUUUCAGAUACAAAAUGCGAUCUGUGUACGCCCAUUUCCCCAUUAACGUAGUCAUCCAGGAGAGCGGUACCCUGGUGGAGAUCAGGAACUUCCUGGGAGAGAAGUACAUCCGCCGCGUCCGAAUGAGGCCUGGUGUGAAUUGUGCCGUCUCCGCUGCCCAGAAGGACGAGCUGGUCCUGGAGGGUAACGACAUCGAGCUGGUGUCAAACUCAGCCGCUCUGAUCCAGCAGGCCACCACUGUCAAAAAUAAGGAUAUCAGAAAGUUCUUGGACGGCAUUUACGUGUCCGAGAAGGGAACAGUAGUGGAAGCGGAGCAGUAAACGUUACACCUGCACAUGUAGAGCGGCUUUGAUCCAGCAGGCCACCACAGUCAGGAAGAAAGACAUCAGGAAGUUCCUCGAUGGCAUCUAUGUCAGCGAGAAGACCACUGUGGUGGAGCAAGAUGCCGAGUAAAUGAUCACAUUAUGUCCUGUUAUGACCAAUAAAUUACCAUCUUUUCCAGUUCA